UGGUAUUCUCGGAGCGGACUCUGAUACCGUAAACACAGGUGCAUUAUUUUCGAAUUCGGAGGACCUGGGAAGAGCACCAUACCUCAACGACAGCUUUUCUCGUAGAAUGCAAGGUGGGUGGUCUUGGUGCGGUAUCUCCCUGGCACCUGAGUUGAAACAGUGUUGAUCUUUCGGAUCGUUUCAGAAUUUGGAUUCUCGGGUUUGAUGCCAACAGGCAAAGAUUAGUUGCAGUUCUGGGGAGUUUGGGGAGGAUUAGUUUCGUGGGGUGGACGAGGAGCUGACGGUCGCAUUUGACAUCGUUUAAGAUUGGAUCCACAGUGUUUAUAAAACAUUCUUCGUAGCCAUGGCUGCAUUUGCCGUGCCCACGUUGAAAAAUGUCGAAGAUUUUCAGGUGUAUUACGUCGCGACGGUGUUGGUAGUCAUUCUAUUGGUGAGAAGGUUGCUUACUUGGCCACACCAGCCGCCAGGGCCGCCAGGUCUGCCGUUAGUUGGCCACAUGCAUUUCCUCGGCGCAAACCCACACAUCUCUUUAUGGAAACUGGCGGACAAAUACGGCCCAUUGAUGUCCUUACGUCUUGGUAACAAACCAUACGUUGUUGCGACGUCCCCCGAAACGGCUAAAGAAUUCCUAAAGACUCUGGAUGCAAACUUCGGGUCGCGGCACUAUUCAUCCCAGAGCCAAUAUUUGCUUUACGGCGGUCAAGAUGUUGCGUUCCAGGAAUCGAGUCCAAGCUGGCGGAACUUAAAAAAGAUCUUCACGAUGGAGCUCGCCAGCCCGGCGCGUUUGGAAGCGUCCCGACACAUCCGAGAGGAGGAAAUGAUCGUCCUACUGCGCACCAUUCACAGCAAAGGCGAGCUGGAACUGAAAUCUCAGCUGAUCGACAUGAUUUCACACGUUAUAUCUCGGAUGGUCAUCAACAAACGGUUCGAUGAUUCCGUAGAAUCAGAUUUUCCGACCCUGGUGCAAACACACUUCCGGUUGGCUGGGGCCUUCGUUCCGGGGGAUUAUAUCCCCGCCGUGAAGUGGCUCGACCUGGGGGGAUUCGAGGCCCAGAUGAAGAAGCAGAAAGAGCGCAUGGACGCGUUUAUUGAUGACAUCCUGGUGCAGCAUCGAGAACGGAGGGCCAAAGGACCCGUGCCGAUGAAGGAAUAUGACAUGGUCCAUGUUCUUCUCGACCGAAUAGAAACGAAAGACGACCAAAUCCAGCUCACCGAAACCCAUGUGAAGGCUCUCGUACUGGACGCGUUCCUGGGAGCGUCAGAAACAAUUAUACUGACAUCGGAGUGGGCAAUGGCGGAACUCCUUCGACAUCCUUCACUGAUGGCCAAAGCGCAAGCUGAGCUCGACGCCGUCGUCGGCCGGGACCGCAUGGUGACGGAGUCCGAUCUCCGUCACCUCACUUACCUCAACACAAUAAUCAAAGAAACAUUCCGACUCCAUCCUGCAGCUGCGCUUCUACUGCCUCGCGAGUCCGCUCAACCCUCGCAAGCGUUUGGCUACAAUUUCCCCGCAAAGACGCGCGUUCUUAUCAAUUGCUACGCAAUCCACCGUGACCCGGCCAUAUGGCACGAUCCUCUGGUCUUCAACCCGGACCGGUUUCUGCAAGCGGAUCUCAAGGACGUGGACGUCAAGGGGCGGCACUUCCAGCUGCUACCCUUCGGCGCAGGCCGGCGUGUGUGUCCAGGGUUGUCGAUGGGGAUCCUGACCGUGCAAUUCAUCUUGGCGAGCCUGUUGCAUUCCUUCGACUGGUCGUUGCCGGGUGACAUGAAGCCAGAGGAUGUAGACAUGACGGAGAUAUAUGGGUUGACGCUGCCGAGAGCCGCUCCGUUGCCUUGCGCCGCCAAGCUUCGGCUGCCAUCGCACUUGCUCACCACCGCCCAGAAACCAUAACUCCUCCUGCUCAAUACCUGAUGUGUGUACAGGAUGCACAAACCCGGUAUAUGUCCGUUCGAUACUGGGUUUGUGGUGUGUCGAUUGAUAACUUGGUUACCCUCAGAAACGUGAUGGCUGUUGUACUGGUAUGAGCUUAUGAUACCCUGGCUAUAUACCCGGUUGACAUGGCAGAUUUCUUGCUGGGGUUGUGUAUACUGUUGCAACUGAAUGCAUGAAUGAAAUUUAGCAAGGCUUUUUAUAUUUUCCACUUUGAGGAGUGUGUGUGUGUACAUUUCUAUAUAUGUCUUCUAUCUUGACCCUUUAGCUUAGCUGUUGAUUAGUUUUUUCCCUGAUUUAGUGGUGUUGAGUUUUAUGUUUUAGUUUAAACAAGAAUGAAAUAAAAUCAAUUUAUGGUUGAUGUUAUUA